AUGAUGGGCUGGAUCAACCGGGUGGUUCCCCAGCCCCCUGUGCCCCCGGUGACGGAGGAGAGCCCGCGGGCCCCAGCGCAGGAGCCGGAGCCAGUUAAGGCACCAGCAGGAAAAGCCAGUGGCCCCACGGAUGUUGCUGGCCAGGCACGCACUGAGGAACUAGUAAAGAAAGUAGAAUUUGUGAUCCCUGAGGACACAGGUUCUAUGUUUGAGAGCAUGGGGAGCAGUGUGCGCUUCUGGCUCUCCUAUGGGAUAAGGAGGGUGAUUCCUCAGCCAGUUCCACCCCCAGGGACACUGCAGGUGCUCGGGAAGAGCUUUGAGACAAGCAUUGAUGUUCCUGAUGAGACAGAGGUCCAGGUCCUUCCGGAGGAGGACGACGGUCUCGACAUAAUCCCCUUCGAUCCAGAGGAGGACGGCUUCGAGGAUGACUUGGAUGCCCCCAGAGAGGAAUGGGUAGGAAAGCGGGUGCUCAGCUGGCUGUCACAGGGCUUUGAGAGGAUUGUGCCGCAGCCGGAGGGGAUGAAAAAGCUGGAGACAGAGCAGAAGGAUCAGAAGUGUGAAGCCACAGUGGAAGGCACAAAAAGGACUGAAACGACGGCAAAGCCAAAACCCCGCCUUUCAGCUGCCAUGAGCACCUCAGUGGCAGAGACACCAGCAGCUGCCACGGAGCAGCCAGAGCCAGUGACCACCCUCACCACUCAGUCCGUGGCUCUGGAUGGCCUCAGGAUGUUCAUCUGGUUUGUCCAGAAGCUGGAGACGGUGCUGCCACAGCCAGUGACCAGGGGGAAGCAGGACACACAGGGAGUGGCCUCAGCAACCUUGAGUCCCGUGGAACAAAUUCAUAUCCCCCCUGGGGAACCCGAGGAGACCCACCUCAUCCUGGAAGAGAUCACUGAUGACCAGGUUAAUGAAGACACAUGUGAGAUGAUGGCCUGGAGUCACAAGGCUGAGCCAGAGGCAGAUGCUCGUUCCCUUCCCCCCAUACAGGAGGAACCUCAGGAAGAAGAAGAAAACAGACUGUGGUUGAGCUCCCUAAGCACUACCAAGGAGGAAAAGGAGGAGGAAAAGAAGGAGGAGGAAGAGAAGGAAAAAUGGAAAAUACACGAGUUCUUGUCAGGCAGGUCCCUGCUCUCUUCUCUCCCAACUACCAAUGGUGUGGAUGAAUCCUACAUUGCUGAGGAGGCCCUCAAGUUUGAGCAGCAGGCAGUAGUUGAGAUAAGUAACCUCGAAGGUGCCCUUGUACAGGUGGAAGAGAAGACAGCUGAAGCUGCUGAAACCAAUGCUGAAGGUAAUUACCCCACCGUGGAGAUCAAGGAUGUGGACAGCCCAGGCGAUGCUGCAGAGAACGAUGGUACCCCCUUGCCGGUGCCCGCUGCCAGCGCUCCCAACAGGCUGGCGGUGCCCGGCGCAGCAUCCCCCAGGAGGAGGCGACUGGUCCCAGAGGAUGGUCUGGACGAGGGACUGGUGAGCUGGGACGAGGAGCAGAGGGAAAGCCUGCCCGAGCGCAUCGGCUCGGCCACGAGCCUGAGCAGUGCCAUCAUCAACACCCGGCUCCAGGAACUGGUGAAGCUCUUCAAAGAGAGGACCGAGAAGGUGAAAGAGAAGCUGGUUGACCCCGAUGUCACCUCGGAUGACGAGAGCCCUGUGGCAUCGCCCGCUAAGCCAGCGCCUGCAGCAGCACCGGUGCCUCCCCUGGGAGGGGAGGUGGAGGAGGACAAGCCAUCAGGGGAUGACCACUACUGUGAGAUGCUGUGCUGCACCUUCAAGUACCGGCCCUGGCUGGACCGCCUGAAAAGCUACCAGUUCCCCAGCAGCAUCGACCCACUCACCAAUCUGAUGUAUGUACUGUGGCUGUUCUUCGUUGUCAUGGCCUGGAACUGGAACUGCUGGUUGAUCCCCGUCCGCUGGGCUUUCCCCUACCAGACCCCAGCAAACAUCCACUGCUGGCUGCUGGUGGACUACCUGUGUGACCUCAUCUACCUGCUGGACAUCCUCGUGUUCCAGACCCGGCUGCAGUUCGUCCAGGGGGGAGACAUCAUUACUGAUAAAAAGGCCAUGAAAGAGAACUACCUGCGAUCACAACGUUUUAAGAUGGAUGUGCUGUGCCUCCUGCCCCUGGAUUUCUUCUACUUCAAAAUUGGUGUCAACCCGCUCCUGCGCUUUCCUCGCUGUCUGAAGUACAUGGCCUUCUUCGAGUUCAACAACCGCCUGGAGGCCAUCCUGACCAAGGCAUACAUCUACAGAGUGAUUCGAACAACUGCCUACUUACUGUACAGCUUGCAUGUGAACUCCUGCCUCUACUACUGGGCCUCAGCCUACGAAGGACUGGGCUCUACCACCUGGGUCUAUGAUGGGGAAGGAAACAGCUACAUCCGCUGCUACUACUGGGCAGUCAAAACCCUCAUCACCAUCGGGGGCCUGCCAGACCCCAAGACACUGUUUGAGAUUGUCUUCCAGCUGCUGAACUACUUCACAGGCGUCUUUGCUUUCUCUGUCAUGAUAGGGCAGAUGAGGGACGUGGUUGGCGCCGCUACUGCAGGGCAAACUUACUACAGGAGCUGCAUGGACAGUACCAUUAAAUACAUGAACUUCUACAAAAUCCCCAGAACUGUUCAGAACCGGGUGAAAACGUGGUAUGAGUACACGUGGCACUCGCAAGGCAUGCUAGAUGAGUCAGAGCUGCUGGUGCAGCUGCCAGACAAGAUGAGGCUGGACAUCGCCAUCGAUGUGAACUACAACAUCGUGAGCAAAGUGGCCCUUUUCCAGGGUUGUGACAGACAGAUGAUCUUUGACAUGCUGAAGCGGCUCAGAUCAGUGGUCUACCUGCCUAAUGACUACGUGUGCAAGAAGGGAGAAAUAGGCCGUGAGAUGUACAUUAUCCAGGCGGGACAAGUGCAGGUGCUGGGGGGACCCGAUGGCAAAUCCGUGCUGGUGACUCUGAAAGCUGGAUCCGUGUUUGGAGAAAUAAGCUUGCUGGCGGCAGGAGGGGGAAAUCGCCGAACAGCAAACGUCAUAGCUCACGGCUUCGCGAACCUUUUCAUUCUGGAGAAGAAGGACCUGAACGAGAUUUUGGUGCACUAUCCGGAGUCUCAGAAGCUGCUGCGUAAGAAGGCCAAGAAAAUGCUGAAAAGCAACAACAAACCCAAAGACGAGAAGGGAGGCCCUGGAGACGCGCUGAUCAUUCCCCCAAAAGCUGAGACCCCGAAGCUCUUCAAGGCUGCCCUGGCUGCCACGGGGAGGAUGGGGGGCAAAGGGCCGCUGGGGCGGCUCCGCUGGAGGCUGAGGGAGCUGAAGGAGAUGCAGGCGGCGCAGGGUUCCAGUUUCAGUCCAACCCCACCAAAGUCACCAGUGCACCAGAGAUCUCCUGUCACCUCCCACAAAGACCAAACCCGCCCAGGAGAAAUAUCCUCAGAAUCUUCUGAUCGUUUAGUCACCGUUCGUGUGAUUCCCACGGCACAAGAAGAUGAGGAAAUCCUCGCUGCCGAGAUUUCAGAGAAAGAAGACAAAGAAAAAGGAGAGAAAUGAAACAGCAGCAUGUCCUGGGGCAGGCGUAGGAGUCAGGCAAAUGCCUGGGGUAGCAGAUUUUUGUUAUUAAUGAUUUCCAUGCGGUGGCUGUAGGCUUUGCAAUGUGCUGCGGGUAGGAUCUGCCUCUCUUUUCUGUCCAGACCCUCAUUCCCUGCUGAUAAAACCCUCUGCCAUUUGACCCAGAACCAUACAAGCCUUCCAUGCUCUGCAGAUCAAUAUUUAUUGAGCAUCUUUAUGAAUUUCCCACUAAAUCUCAGGCCAGCCCUCUUGCUUUGAAAUCCAGCUUUAUGGAGGGAGAGCUCUGGAAGAAAUUGCUUUUUAUGGCUCUGGAUGGUUAAUGAGUGUUCACAUAAAGAGUGAAGAGUUAUUCACCUCUGACAGCUGAGUCACUGCUCGGCCAGAAACAAUCGGGGGGAAAAAAAUAACAAGGUUUCUCUGUUGGGCUCAAGGUUGACAGCGGCAGUGGAGAGUGAUUCAUCCGGAAAGGAUGCGGACUAUGCUCACGAGCCGAGCGUGGAGCAAAUCACACUGUCACAAGAAUGCCAAGGUCUGUCCCCGAGUGCACAGUCUGCAAGGUACUUGAGGGUCUCUGCGUGGUGCCAAGGCCACCUUGAGUUUGCCACUGGGAAGAGUUCCUGCCAGCAAUCCACCCUGGGAAGGUGGUGGGGCCUCCGUCACUGCAGGGUCUUGUGGAGAGAUUUGAUGAGCAUCUUUCAGGGAUGGAGAAGCACAAUCCUGGAUGUUCCUGGAGUUCCUUUCUAGCCCUGGGUUUCCAUGGGUGCACCAACCUGCCAGUGCUGGGAGAGAUAAACAGAGGGCAGGAAGGGAGAAGCUGAGUUGGUUCCCAGCUGGGAGGGGAAAGAGAAGUGCAGUAAGUGCUCUCCUCUCCCAGACAGUGUUUCAGAGUCAGCUCAGGGUCUGUGCCACACAAGCAACUCUGCACAACCGUGCAGGUGCUCCCCUGCAGUCACUGCUGGACCUCAGUGACAUCCACUUUUCCACCAGCUGAUUUCCAGCCCUUCAGUCACUUGACUGGCUCUUGGCCACAUUUCCCAUGCAGGAGCCACGCUGGUAUUGCUCAUUGCUGCGACAGGGCACUUGUGAAGACACUCUCCCAGUGCUGGGACUGGGCACUGGAAGGGAAGUGAACAUCUGAUUAGCAGCCAGCACACCCAGCUGAUGGCUCAAGGUGUCUGAUCUUCUCCCAGCACCACCAGGUCCUCUUCUUCCUCAGGCCCAGCACCAACCAGAGCAGCUGCUGGUGAGCUGAGAGGUGGUGAGAAGUGGGAUGGCACCAAACAAGGCACUGCAGAUCCUCCCCAAGGUUUUUGCUCACCACAUCCCCACGGCACCGCCGGCUCCAUUGAGAGGAGACAGUUUCCAUCCUCUGGAGGAAAAGCUGGGGCAGGUUUUGCCGCAGGGAGCAGCCCCAUCUCCACAGCCAAGGGGCUUCUCAGGUGUUCAGCAAAUCCUGUGAGCAGUGCUGCAGGUUCUACAGGUCUGGCUGUGAGACAGCCAGGGCUGUUCAUGCAGGGUGUCAGCUCUGGCAUCACCUCCCCGGGUGAUCCCUCUUCCCAUCAGGAGCCUGGGGCUGACCUUCACCUCCUUUGGGAUCCUCUUCUUUUGUUGCUUCCCCCCCCCCUUGCAAAAUAGAUGGGUUUCUGCGGCAGAAAAAGCCAGAAUAGAUAUAGCAUUAAUUAACAAUGGCUUGCUUUCUUUUAAACAAAUUUAAUGAGCUCCACUGUAAUGCAGGAGAGUCUGAAGCCACCACUGCCCUUCACAUUGCAGGGGAGAGGCUGCAUUCACCCAAACCUCCCUGAAUAUUUCUCGUCCUCAGUCAUUUGCAAGUGGUUUCCUGCUGGGUGGAAGGUUUCCGUGCAGAGUGCAAAGUAUUUUCUUUUCACUCUAUAAACAUUUAUAUAAUCAAACCAGGAAAUGUGCAAAAGUCAAACUGGGGCUCUGAUUUGCUGCUGUGGUUUGAUACAGUUUAGAAAAAGCAUUUAAGUAAAUAGUGAGGUGUAAUGGCUUUCAUAAUUCACUGUAUCUACAAUAAACACCACGUAGAUUACCG